AUGUUUCAGUCAGAGACAAAUACUCAAGUAAGGCACCUUCUUCCUCCCCUCUGCAAAAGUCGUGACGGUGCUGAUCUUACAUCUUUGACAUCUAGUACCUCGUCGUCCCAGAUCCCCUCCAUUCCAAAAUCGCCCUUCAUCUACUCAAAGACUGAAGAGCUUGUCUGGAAGUGGGAACAGCUGAAGCUGAAUAGCAUGCUGCAAUGUGCUACCUUACCCAGCCACACUGUGGUCAACAGGCCAGACAAAAAAUGUGUCUUCGUUUCUGUGGAAUUAGGCGUCACAACAGUCCUUCCACUAGCCAAAAUGUCCAGUCUGCAAUCCUCGGACUAUCACUUGGGUAUCACUUGCGCGACCAAUGGGAAAGAUAGAAAACUCAUCAUUCUCGGUGUUGCAGGAAAGCAAAAGAUCUCAAGAGUCAGAGAAAAGGCGCUCCAUCUUUGGAGGUCCAUCUAUCAGACUCCUCCUCUGACUCUAUACAGCUGGUCCACGGAGUAUUGGGUGUCGGAUUCCGUCGUGAUCGAUGCCAGAUCAAUCGAGGGCACAGAUUUGAUGGACGAAGCAAUACGGACAGGACGAAGCGCCGCCAAGGCAUACGUCUGCAUUGGCCUUCCAGCAAUCACUUUCGGCCCCCUGUUCAAUACCCUGGUGUCCACAUGCAACGUGAAUGCGGCCUGCUUCAAUCUUGCCAUAGGAUAUAUCUGGAUGGCGGCUGCCGUUGAGCCAACGAGGCUUGAGGUUGAAGGAGAAGAUGGUUCUGGGUUCUUUGGCAAUUUGUUUCUGUCGAUGAUCCAUGAUGAGACUCAAGGGUCAUGGCUCGUGGAGGCAAAGCUUCGGUUCUGGCUCGAAAGCACUUCUCGAGUGAAAGCUGGUGUCCUUGCUGAGCUAUUGGAGAUGAGAGAUAUCCGCAUCACGUCAACUCACAGGCCCCUCGCGCGCCCGUGA